UAGACGUUUAGCACAGGAGGCUACGUCUUGACUACCUAAAGUUUGGUUUGUGUGGUGCACUAGCGUACGUACAGCUUUUCUGGAGUAUGAAGGGGCUAACUCUCGAGUCGAGAGAGAACUAAGGCGGAAGUAGAGCAGAUUGAAAGCAGCGGGUUUCUCCAUCUAUGCUGGGAACUCUUGAAAUGGAUCUUAUCAAAGUAACCAUGGAGAACAGAAAGUAAACGGUACCGAGAAAUGUAAAAAAGGAGUGUAUGCAACCAGAUGUGCAUCAGGAAAGCAGAGAAAGGGGAACAAUUAAUAAGGAAACGGACAAGGAAGCGAAUCAAAAUACACCGUAGCAUCUGCAGGAUAAAAGCAAAAUGUAAAUCAAAGGUCAAAUACUUGAAGGGUAUCAAAUAAAAGUGUCAUAGGAAACUGACCUACAAGAGAGUCCAACCUGAGCACACCGAGCUCCAGGGAAGAGUUUAAAGCUGUCUAAACUCGUCUGUCUAAAGUGUCAACCUGCGCCUACUAUACUAUACAGGUCCCUUCCAGUCGUCCCGCUUUCUCGGCCAAGAUGCUGUCUUUUGACAAGUCCAUAGCAAACAAGUAAAACUUUACACUUCAUAGUCCUGCCUUAGCAGGACACGUCUGGACACCCCAGAAGCCCCCUUAGCCACCGUUCCCUAUCUAUGGGAUAAUGGAAACAGAACUGUUUUAAGAACCCCAGCUCCCCCAGUUUGGGGACACCUUCUUUAAGAAUGAAACCAGGAACAAAGUGCGGGAGGCUGCCAAAAACGGGGCUCUGUGUUUAGACCCACGGUUAACCUCUCGCUCGCUCGCUCCCUCCCUCUCUCUCUCUCUCUCACACACACCACACACUGUAUUUUGUGCUGUCGUAAAGCCCACGUGUCCAGCGCGGAGUCUGCCAGAGAGGAGCCCGGACGCGCCUGAAAUACUCAGCCACAGCAGAGGGAGCCCGGCUGCUCGGAUCUCACCAGGUUUAUCCCUUCCAGCCGCUACCUGGAAGCUCGUGUUGUCGAGGGAUAACAAAAAAGUUCCCUUCUUAAACCUCGUACGACUUGUGAUCUCCCAGGGCUGCGCACACAGCACAGACACAGGCGUAAAGCCAAUAGAAAUACUCAGGCUGCGGAGAUGUUGAAGCCCGGCGACCCAGGCGGAUCCGCUUUCCUGAAGGUGGAUCCCGCCUAUCUCCAGCACUGGCAGCAGCUGUUCCCGCAGAGCAGCCAGCUCAAGAGCAGCGGGGCCCUCAGCCAGCUCCCGCCGCCGCCCGAUCCCGCGGCCGACAGCCUCCGCCAGCGCCCGGCCUCUCUCUCCUCCGCUUCCUCUUCCUCUUCCUCUUCGUCUUCGUCCACCCCGUCUUCCUCCACCUCCGCCGCUUCCCUGGCCGGGCUGGCCUCGAUCUCUGUGGCCCAGAUUCCCGCCUUCGGGCCGCUACCGAGCUCCGAGGCCCCCUCCGGAGCCCCGGCCUCCCUGCAGAGCAAAGACUUGGGCGGCGGGGGCGCCAAGGGCAGCGAGCGGGCUGCGCCCAGGUUUCGCUGUACGGCAGAGGAGCUGGACUAUUACCUGUAUGGACAGCAGCGCAUGGAGAUCAUCCCCCUGAACCAGCACACCAGUGACCCCAACAACCGAUGUGACAUGUGUGCUGAUAACCGCAAUGGCGAGUGCCCCAUGCAUGGGCCACUUCACUCUCUGCGCCGCCUAGUGGGCACUAGUAGUGCUGCAGCUGCAGCACCUCCACCUGAGAUCCCUGAAUGGCUCAGGGACCUUCCCCGGGAAGUGUGUCUGUGUACCAGUACUGUACCUGGUCUGGCCUAUGGCAUCUGCGCUGCGCAGAGGAUCCAGCAGGGCACCUGGAUUGGGCCCUUCCAGGGAGUUGUUCUUCUGCCAGAGAAGGUUCAAACGGGAGUCAUCAGGAACACGCAGCACCUCUGGGAAAUAUAUGACCAAGAUGGGACACUACAGCACUUUAUUGAUGGCGGGGAACCCAGUAAGUCAAGUUGGAUGAGGUAUAUCCGAUGUGCAAGGCACUGUGGGGAACAGAAUCUAACCGUAGUUCAGUACAGGUCAAAUAUAUUCUACAGGGCCUGUAUAGAUAUCCCCAGAGGCACUGAACUGCUGGUGUGGUACAAUGACAGCUACACAUCUUUCUUUGGAAUCCCUUUACAGUGUAUUGCACAGGAUGAAAACUUGAAUGUCCCUUCGACUGUAAUGGAGGCCAUGUCCAGACCAGACACUCUACAGUCAUUUAACAAAAGUAGUAAACUACCCCCUGCCACUCCACAGCGAUCCAUAGUAUUUCCACAGACUCCGUGUAGCAGAAAUUUUUCUCUUCUGGAUAAGUCUGGGCCCAUCGAGUCAGGAUUUAACCAGAUCAGUGUCAAAAACCAACGAGUUCUUGCAAGCCCAACGUCAACGAGCCAACUAAAUUCUGAAUUCAGUGACUGGCACCUUUGGAAAUGUGGGCAAUGCUUUAAGACUUUCACCCAGCGGAUCCUCUUACAGAUGCAUGUGUGUACGCAGAACCCUGACAGACCCUAUCAGUGUGGCCACUGCUCCCAAUCUUUCUCCCAACCUUCGGAACUAAGGAACCAUGUAGUCACCCAUUCCAGUGACAGACCUUUCAAGUGCGGCUAUUGCGGUCGUGCCUUUGCUGGUGCUACAACACUCAACAAUCAUAUCCGGACACAUACAGGGGAAAAACCCUUUAAGUGCGAGAGGUGUGAGAGGAGCUUCACACAAGCCACCCAGCUGAGUCGACACCAGAGGAUGCCCAAUGAGUGCAAGCCAAUAACAGAAAGCACAGAAUCAAUUGAAGUGGAUUAACUGAUUGACUGGUUGGAAUUAAACUGCAAGGAAAGUCAUGAUUAAAUGUCACGGACACUUAAGCAAAACCAAAGAUUUCCUCUGAGCAACUUUCAAUCAGUCCCAGAAAACCAAAAGCAGUAAUAAAAUAAGUAAGAUGUUAAGAGAUAUUGAUCCUGGCAUGGAAGUAAGACCAGGAAAGAGAUUAUUUAUUUAUGACUAGGGAUAAGACUUAUUUCAAUGGACAAAUAACCUGAGACUGCUAACAUUUCAAGUCCCACCAUGUAUUGCUUUAUUUCUAAAAGCCUUUAUCAUUGUUAUUUAAUACCAAAGCAAGGAAUCUCAAGGGUUCUUCUGCCUAUAGUUAUGACUGCAAAUGCACACGGACUUGUUUAUUGUUGCACCUUUUUUUUUGAAGCAUGACUCAAAGGACCCAGAACUAGUCCUUAUAUUUGGUUGGGUUGGUCUUGACAUGGCUAUAAUAGAAAUUCUUGUGUCUGAAUGGUGCAAUGGAAAGUGUUCUAGAACCAUAUCUGAAUCAGUUCCCAGUUCCUCAGACCAAAGGACAUUUCAUAUAAUGGUUCCAAACUUUACAUUUUUGCACACUUUUUCAAUCUACAUAGUUUUAUUAGACAAUUUUGUCCUGGUACAAAGUUCCUGGAAAACCAAACAAACGUUUUUCAUGUCUAUACAUAUACGGUUGUGUAAGACUAUAGCAAGAAACAUACUGUAACACAUAGAGCUUUGAAACACAAUAUCACUGUUUAAAGAGAAAGAAAGUGUUUUCAGUAAAACUCUAAGGUUAAUAAAUUCUCUAGCUGAAAGUCCUACAAUGGGAAGCAAAACAAAAAAGAUUAGAUUUUAUUUAGGAGGUUGAUGUAAUGAUUUGUUACUCAAAAGUCUACUGUAUCUUAUUUUACAGUGUCCAGAUAUUUGUACCUUAUUGGCUCAGGUUCAUUUGAAAGCAAUCCCAGGUUACCUGAAACUUUCAACAAACUCAGCCAGUUUCAAGAUUGCAACAAAACCUGAAUCCAGGUGUCUUGUGUGUGGCUUCAUUGCAGUCACUUUAGAGAGCUCUACCUAAUUUUCAUUCAAGCCAAGAGCUUAAUUCCCAUUAAUGCUAAAGGGAGUUUAUACACACUUAUCAAGGAAAGACCUGUCCUCAAAAAGAUAUAUAAACAGUAGUAUAGAGUACUUAAUGUGUGCAUAUGGGAAAGGCUAAACACCUUUCAGGCUGUACACUUUCUGAACAGGCACAGCUAAUGUGAUGUGUUUUUUAUUGGCAGUUGCACACAUUCGGUGAAAUGCUGCCCCAAUGGAGACAAUGAGAAUGUUUCCAUUGAUUCAGCAGGGCCAGGAUUUUAACCACUCAUCCUUAAAGCAUUCAGGAUUAAAAAUAUAUCCCUUUGAAUACAGUUCAUAUUUUUUUUAAAGAGUAAAUGUUUAUGUGUGAGUAAAGUCCUUUGUGGAGGCGGGGGUAUUGGUUACACGUUACUCACCUUUAAAGAAAUGCCUAGUUUCCUGAGUUGGUAGGCACUUCUGCAAGGGAAGCAGUGGGGGCAAAAGAUCUAUCUGGUUUUAAGAUUCUGUUUGAUAAGUUUAUGGAGGAGAUGGUAUGAUGGGAUAAUGGGAUUUUGGUAAGUAAUUGAUCUUUAAAUAUUCAGGGUAAAUAGGACUAAUCCCCUGAGAUGGGAUAUUGGAUGGGAUCUGAGUUACCCAGGAAAGAAUUUUCUGUAGUAUCUGGCUGGUGAAUCUUGCCCAUAUGCUCAGGGUUUAGCUGAUUGCCAUAUUUGGGGUCGGGAAGGAAUUUUCCUCCAGGGCAGAUUGGAGAGGCCCUGGAGGUUUUUCGCCUUCCUCUGUAGCAUGGGGCAUGGUUGACUUGAGGGAGGCUUCUCUGCUCCUUGAAGUCUUUAAACCAUGAUUUAAGGACUUCAAUAGCUCAGACAUAGGUGAGGUUUUUCAUAGGAGUGGGUGGGUGAGAUUCUGUGGCCUGCGCUGUGCAGGAGGUCGGACUAGAUGAUCAGAAUGGUCCCUUCUGACCUUAGUAUCUAUGAAUCAGAUAUUAGGCAGCACACCCUCAUCAGUUUCAAUGGUGACUUCUGCUUAAAAAAAGAUUGCGCAAAGCAGUGCCUCUUUAAAUCAAACACCAUCAAACAAGACUACUAACCUUUCUUUCCACACAGAGCUGUUGAUGUUUCUAUGUGUUAUUCUAAGAUGGUAAAGAAACAUGAGUGCAUGGCAACCCAGAGCAGAGGUCAUCAGAGAGAUGCUGGAUCUUGAUUUCCUAACAUUAUUUAUAAAUACAAGGAGUGAAUCCUGGCCUCACAAGUCAAUGGCAAUACUCUUGUUAACUUCAUUGAGUCCAGAAUUUCACCCAAUAUAUGGUGCACAAGCUUUCUUCAACAGCUACAUGCAUAUUGGGAUGCCACUAGGAAAAUGAGCGUCCUACCUACUUCAGAGCUUGUACUCCCAGGAAUGCGAGAUUCCAGUGCUGGAGGAGGGAGUUUAGAAAAAAGGAGGUGGUAUUGGCAAAUGAAGGGCAAUAAGAUGAUAGAAAUACAGCCCAUUCCUAGGUCUGACCUAUUUUUUGGUGCUAACAUCUUGCUUUUUUUAAGAACUCUCCCAGUUUGUCAUCAUUUUGUAUUUCAAGAGAUUGCUGGUCAUUUGUGACCAUGUGUUCUUCCUAUCUUAUUGCUGGCAUACUACACACCAUAACAGUUCACAGUCAAGAUACUCUAUUUGCCAGUUUCUAUAUUAUUUUUCACUGUUUCAUCCACAUUGGUGUGGUCUUGCAUUAUGGGCUGUCUGAAGUAUUCACAGCAUCAUCUGAAAACCUCAACAAUUAUUUAAAUGGGUUCAAUUUAACAAAAAAAGGGCUGAAUUUUCUGGACUAAUUUUCACUCAAAAAUGGUCUCUUUUCAAGGCUAAAAUUUGAUGUGUUUUAAUUUCAUGGUCUUGUUUAAUAAAAGAUCAAUUUUCACAUUUAAUUUUUUAAAAUGUUCUCUGUUUCAUUGCAAACACUGCAAUUUUAAGAUAAUGCGAUGGAGCCAGUUUUGGGGGUCUUGCUAUAUCAUGGAGGCUAAAUUGUAAUUUUGUUUUGUGAAAUUUGUGAUGAAAAACAGAUUCAUUCUUUUUGCCCGAUCCUAAUUUUCAAGUUGUUUAUAAGUACUCAAUUACAAAAUCAGAAAGUAGUAGAAAUCUAGUAAAAAGGCAUUUUCCACUUUCCAGCCCUGUUUCUAAACCAAAGAGAUUUGGAUAAGCUUGGGUAAGAGUCCAACUUUAUGGAUGCUUAUCCAGAUUUAUCCUUUGAAUUAUUUGAGGUUCUAAUCUAGUAUUUAUCUGAUUUUUCUAUAGGAUGAGAGCCAGAUAACAUGAAUAGCGAGGUAUCAAAUAUUACAAUUUAAAGGUCAGAAUUUAGGCAUCAGUUUAUUCACAGUAGUAAUUGGCUUAAGCAGCAAAGUUCAGAACCAAAUCUGUAUUUUCGUAACAUUCAGGAGUGUUUGGAUUUGGGCCAUGUCUACUUUAGAGAGACCAGAACUGCUUCUAAACCGUUUAGCACAUCUCUGGUAGUACCAUGAUGCACACACAUUACUCUAGUUUACUAAUUAAAUAAUCCCAAUAUAAUGCAACAGUCCUAUUCAGCACUUGAACAGAGCAAGACUCUCAUCACUAUUGUAAAUUAUGGAAUUAUUUCAUCAUAAACUGCAGAAAUAAGUAGGUUUUGCAUCAAAGUUAGGUGAGAAAUGAGAUAUGGUAAACUCUGAUAGGCAAAUGUGAGCUACAUGUUGUAUCAGCAAACUAUGUUUUUGUAUUAUCAAGGUAUUCUCUCCUUUUUCUAUGAGAUGAAAUCAGUAGCAGAUCUGAGCACUAAGUAUCUCAUAAGGUAAGGCCUAUGAUUUGCAGUAGUUUUUAAGGGACAGUUCAGAAAAGCACUUAAGCCUGUACUUAAAAUUAAAGUUGUGCAUAACUCCAUUGCUGAAAAGUGAUGGCCUUCAUCAUGUGCUUAAAGUGCUUUCCUGAAUGUGGCCCAAAAGAUUUGAAGACUAACUGCAUUCUUUUAGGAGUUUGUUGGGAUUUGUUUUUAAACAUUCCCGUGAAAAGCAUAAUUUUUGCAAAAAUUAUUUUGUACUUCCAAAGGACAUUUUAUUGUAUUUGCUCAUUUUAUUCACUAUGUUGUCUGAUUUCCAAGCACAUUUUUAAUUAUUGCAUUGUCGCUUUACUAAGGCACUUUCACAAUAUAGUUGGCAACAUACAAAUGCAAGUC